GCCGAACGUGCGAUUGUUUUCAACGUCAGCGCGAAAUUGAAGGACGGAGUACACAACCGUUCGUCAGGGAAGCGCAUUGAAGACGAGCAGCGCAGGAAAAGGAGCGUCCCCGCAUUUUGCGAGGGCUUCCCACUUUAUGUAUUUUUAGCAACCCAGACCGCAUCUAGUUAGUACAAGUCAGAUAUAACAUCAUCAUCAUCAUCAUCUCCACAAAUAUGUACACGCUGGGCGCCAAGUCCGCGGACGAGAUCAGCGAUCUGCUCGACGAAUACGGGAUAAAACACGGUCCUGUCCUCGACUCCACCCGAAAUCUGUACGAGAAGAAAAUAAGAGAGGCGAUGGCGAAGGGGAAAAGGGCGUCACCGACAAAACCGGACAAAACCUACUACAGGGAAGAAGAGGAGGAAGUGACCUACGUCUACAGUACACCUACGAGGCGUGAUUUGCCCGAAGACAAUAGUAGAGUUUACGUGAGGGCAAGACCGGAGUGGACCGAGAGAGAAGUUCGACAGGAACACUACGCCUACGACGCAGCGUCCCCGUACAGAAGCGCCAGUCCGAGAGCCGCGCCCGUGAAAUCUCACCAAGACGUUUCCGAAGAACCUCGGUCGUCCCGCUUGAUCCCGGUCUGGGUCCAGCUGGCGUUCUUUCUCGUCGCCGUGGUCUUCCUUUACCUCGUCUUUUCCAACAUGGAGACAAACGAUUACACCAGGAAAAUAGAAUGAUUAAAAGAAAUAUAUAUUGUGCCCGGUUUGUGGGGCUAUUGAACUGUAAAUGACAUUUUACCAAAGAGAGGUUUUAUUUUCUUUAGCUUUCCAGCGUCUUGUGACUAAAUGAGAAGUGAGCGUCACUCCCGUUUAAAGGCGGCCCGCGCGGUCCUCGUCGCGUCGCAAGAGACGAGCUCCGACGGAACGAACUCAAGUGCCUCAAGCGGUUUUUGCGAGAAACGCGUCGCGUGUCACUUUCAUCACUUUACCUGAUAGAAAUGUUCUCGGCUGGAUUAUUUUUGUAUGACCCUCAGAAAUGUUUAAUAGUAAAUAAAGAUGCCAUUAAAAAAAAAAAAAAAA